GUUAUCACAAUAAUGGUCGAUAUUUUUGUUAUCGAAUACUACAAAUGCUUGUUGUGGAAAUAGCAAAUAUAAAUGCAAAUCAGAAUAUAACAUGGUUAGCUUUUUAAAAUGAGCUACUUGGAUUAUUUCGCGACUAUUCAAGAUUGAACCUAAACAAAGCUGCUAUAAAGAACUCGUUGACGGAAUGCUGUUGGGCGAAUUCGAUACGACCCGGCGACUCCUGUUUAUCGUGGCGGUGCUGCUCAUUGUGCUGUAUGCCAAAAAUUACCUGCUACCGGGUUCUGAUCUGGACUACGUUUAAAUGUGCUAGUAAUC